GGGCGUCUCCCACCUCUGCGCGGGGGCGGGUGGGCCGGUUUGUUUAGGGAGGCGGCGGGAGCGAGGAACCCGAUGCGGGCGAACGGGGCCGGAGAUGGCUUCGGCAGGCGGCGGCGACUGCGAGGGCGCCGCGCCCGAGACGGACCGUCCUCACCAGCGGCCCUUCCUAAUCGGGGUGAGCGGCGGCACGGCGAGCGGAAAGUCAACUGUGUGUGAGAAGAUCAUGGAGCUGCUGGGACAGAACGAAGUGGACCACCGCCAGCGGAAGUUGGUUAUCCUGAGCCAAGACAGCUUCUAUAAGGUUCUGACCCCAGAACAGAAGGCCAAGGCCUUGAAGGGACAGUACAAUUUUGAUCACCCAGAUGCUUUUGAUAAUGAUUUGAUGCACAGGACUCUGAAAAACAUUGUGGAGGGGAGAACUGUCGAGGUCCCAACCUAUGAUUUUGUGACCCACUCGAGGCUGCCGGAGACCACCGUGGUUUACCCUGCAGACGUGGUCCUGUUUGAGGGCAUCUUGGUGUUCUACAGCCAGGAGAUCCGGGACAUGUUCCACCUGCGCCUCUUUGUGGACACUGACUCCGAUGUCAGGCUGUCGAGAAGAGUGCUCCGAGAUGUGCACCGCGGGCGGGACCUGGAGCAGAUUCUGACCCAGUACACCACCUUUGUGAAGCCAGCCUUCGAGGAGUUCUGCCUCCCGACGAAGAAGUAUGCCGACGUGAUAAUCCCGCGAGGGGUUGACAAUAUGGUUGCCAUCAACCUGAUUGUGCAGCACAUCCAGGACAUCCUGAACGGUGACAUCUGCAAAUGGCACCGCGGAGCAUCCAAUGGGCGGAGCUACAAGAGGACCUUUCCGGAGCCUGGGGCCCACCCAGGGGUGCUGAGCUCUGGCAAGCGCUCACACUUGGAGUCCAGCAGCAGGCCCCACUGAGGAGCGGGUGCUCAGCCUCCCAGGUGGGGCCCGGACAUGGCUUCAGGGUCUGGACCUGGACGUGCCUGCCUGCCUCUGAAAAUGCAGUCACCGCUCCCUCUCAGCGGGCGGCACGGGGGUGGUGCUGGGAUCGAGCACCCCACACCCUCGCGGGGAGCUGGGCAUGUCCACACUGAGUUUGGCGGGACACUGGCAGGCGCUCCUGAUGGCGUCACCUGCUUCCUCACAUUGGGGGGAUGAGUCUCUAGGUUGCUGAGAAGAGCCACAGUGUGUGGCAGGCCUGUGACACUCGCGUCCAGGAGGAACGUGAGGCACGUGUUUGGGGAACACUAAGGAGACAGCUGGGACGCUGGCUGUGCCAGGGUGUUCCUGACAGCGAACCGCAGUGAGAGCUGCUUUAUCUAGUACGAUCUGGUUCACACGCACUUACAACCGAAACAAACGUUUGAAGAGAUGAUACUUUCCCUUUUCACGUUAUACAUCCAAAUGUUUUCUGUUUUAUUCUAUUUCAUAACAUCGUUCUAGUUGUGACCUGUUAACCCAAUUUCGUGACCCGCCAGUGGGCUGGGAUCCAGGCACCCUGACGUGAGGGGCCACAUAGCCACGUUUCCUUCCUCCUGGCCUGCGCGAGUCGGGCAGGAGCCUUGGGAUCAGCGUUUCUUAACCAGCAUCAAGCACACACGUGGGGCCCCCGUGGGCGGGGCAGAAGGCGGGCUGGCGCGCACAGCGUCCACAGUCCUACCCAGGACCCCCAAGUGCAAGGUGCUGUCUGGGCAGGUGGUCCCUCAGGUGGCCCUGGGCCAAGUGCAGGGUGUAUGCUGGAAUGGAGGGGCGGAAGCAGACACUGUUGCCCAAAGCCAGCCAGUCCCUGCACCCCCCAGGCCCACAGCCACAAGCACCCCUGCUCUGCCCACCUGGCUCUAAAAGCGCCCCUUCCCCUUGCCAUUGGCCACCUGCAUGGGCACUCUGGUUUCCUUACCGAGUAGCAACUAGUUACACGAGACGACUGAGCUCCAUGGCUGGAUUCUGACUAUGUGACAAUUUUGUCAGGCUUAUUGUCCCCUUUUGGAAAGAGAGUCAAUAAAUAACACCAAACAUGGGU